AAUGGUCGCGCAUCAGUAUAAGUAUAACAUCAGUAGCAGCGCCAAGUGCCAACGGCUUGACGUAAAAACCCACAACAAAAGAUAUACAUACACAUACACUCGCAUUUUUAUUUUUAUUUACAUUGACAAGUUACGGCAUGUUGGCCUGCGAAGCCACACUCAUACUCCAUCGACUACAUCAUUAGUUUAUUAUUACGGAUACGGCGACAUCAGUCGCGAUUCAAAGCUCCAGGAUGGCUCAAGCACAAAUCGAUUGCUGCAAGGCAGACGGCAGCAGCAAUCCGAACAAUCGAGAAAAUAGCAAACGUGUAGAUGAACACGAUGCUGCAGUUUCCGCUGUACCUGAGUGUGCUGUGUGUCUUCAACUUUGUAUUCAUCCUGCCCGUCUACCAUGCAAUCACGUUUUUUGUUACCUGUGCGUAAAAGGAGUUGCAAAUCAGAGCAAGCGCUGUCCUAUGUGCCGUCAAGAAAUCCCAGCAGACUUCUUGGAGAGGCCGCAGUUAGUCGAUAUGGAUCAAGCCCAGCAGAAAGAAGCUGUUUCCACUGAAACAGAGGAAUCUCAUGAAGAGUAUCAAUGGUUCUACGAAGGAAGAAAUGGUUGGUGGAAGUAUGAUCCUAGAACUAAUGAACUUCUCCAAACAGUUUUUGACAUGGGUGAAACUCAAUAUGAAGUUGCAAUAUGCGGUUGGUGGCAAUAUGACCAAAGAACCAGUUUAGAAUUAGAAACUGCGUAUAAACAAGGAAAACGAUCAUGUGAGCUUCUCAUUGCUGGCUUCUUGUACAUAGCUGACUUUAGCUCAAUGUUUCAAUUGAGACGUAAUGAUCACUCGAGAAGGAGGCGCAUUAAACGUGAUCUUUAUAAUGUACCUAAGAAAGGUGUAGCAGGAUUAAGAUUAAACAAUCAACCACUUCGAGAGCAAGAAGAGCCACAACAGCAGAAUCUUGUUCGGGAAAUUCGAGGAGCUGAAAGACCUGCCAGUCCUGCUAGUGAUAAUAUGGGAGAUGGCAACAACACCCCAAUACCUCCAAGUAACACUCCCCAGACACCGGCAGGAGGAACAGCAAGUGGAGAUGCCACACCUUCAACUGCUACCCGACUAUUGGAUCAUCAGCGACAGGAUUCUUUACAUCAGGUUUUGGAACAAAUGCGGUCUUUAGUAUUAAGAGAAACUUUUUCAUCUAGCAAUCAACAGGAUUUACCAGAUAGCAUCGACGAUCACUCAUUUUCAGAUCAUUCAUUACUGCCCUGGCUACAUCAGACGUCGUCAAAUACAACAUAUUCGUCAGAUGAAGAACAUGCUUAAGAACGUUAUUCAUUACAUUGAUCUUACAGAGGAAGAGUUCACUAAAGGAGAGGUAUAAACGCAAUAAAUUAAGAAAGAUAUUUACUUAGUAAGAGGAUGUUAAUAUAAUUGUCAUGAUUUUUUGUCAUGAUAUAUGUCAUAAGCAUAUUUAUACGAGAUUCAUAAAAUGGUUACUGGUUAGCCAUAAGUUAAAAAUUGCCAGUAGUCACAAAUAUUUAUAAAAAUAGGUACUUUUAAUAAUACUUGCAUUUAUUAAGGUUUCUAGAAAUGCAUGAAUUCGUUGAAUUUUUCAAGAUUAACACUUAUCUGUUUGUUCAUUUUAUUGUUAGUCGCGCGUUUUCGUAAUUACAAUAUUUAUUCCUGUUUUGUCAAUCUUACAUGGUAAUAGGGAUUCAAAAACGGAAGAGAAUAACUAUAUUUUGUCAAUGAAAUUAAUAUCGAAUCAACAUUUAUCAUGAUCUUCAAAAUUUAAUAAAAUAUUCCACUACCAGCUACUUGAGUUUGCCAAAAAACUGUGUUAAAAAAAACUCAUACUUCUUAAUGCUUUGUCGUUCAGAAUACUACGACAAUAAUACUUUUAGGAUAUUUUCAUUUUUAUUUUAACGCCAUAAAAAAAAACAUUUUACUUUUAAUGAGCAUAUGGUAGUUGCCUUUGAUAAUUGAUAAAUGAGUUGUGCACCUAUACAUUUUAAUAAGAUAUUCUAAUUGAAUAUUUGCGUAUAUUCUAAAUGCGGAAUUCAUUUUGUACCACUACUUCACCGUUCAUUUUAAUGAAUAACAGUGUCCCUUUGAGAUUUUAUUCCUAAUAAAGCCUGGAAUUAAGGUCCCUCUCCACACUCGAUAUAGAUAAACUAAUGCAAAUUUCAACAAUUUUUCCUGGAUUAUUGUUAAAGAAUUGCAGCCAGAGCUCGUAUACGCGGUAUCUACGCAUCAUAAUCUAUCAUUAGUAAUUUUUUUAAGUAAACAUAUCAUUUCCUCGCCGAGAUUGAAUGGAGCAACGAGACCGUAGUUUUUUCAGUUUACUAUAUAUAUUGGCAUAGCUAUAUCGAGUGUGGAGAGGGACCUUAAUAUUAGAAAAAUCAAUUUUAGUAACCAACAAAUUGUAAAGAAAAAACCACAUGACUAAAAAUUAACGAAUUUUACAAUCAUAGAAUUUUCCUGCAUAUAUCUAUAGGUAUAUUUGAUUGGAGAAAAAAAAUAGUGACUGUAAAUACAAGUAUUAAAAAAUAGGCUUGAUGUUAUUUUUAUUUUUAAAAACAAUAACAUCAAUGAAAAUUAUAGUUGUUAUGGUUCAACUAUUUUUAAUCUAAACUGUUUUCAUUAAAAAAAAUCGAGGCAAAUAAAAGUUCUAGCGCAGUCAAAUAUUUUCUAGUUUUUAUGGAACUUGUGUAUGUUAAUUUAAAAAAUUAGCUAUUACUAAAUAAAAUAUGAAAUGUAAUAUAUUCAUAUUUCAUGUUAUAAUAAUUGUCCGUAGUGUAUAUAAGCAUUUGAUAAAAGUAUUAUCCAAAAAA